AUGGGGAUCUCAUCUCUCAGAUCCCCAUCCGAGUUCGAUCGCGCCCUCUACUGUCGCUACGCAGACCCCGUCCGGGACCACGCCCCCGUCAUGCUCGGCGAGGUGCUCGACGCAUUCCGUUCCCUCCGCCUCCGCUCCUUCGUUAACUGUACCCUCGGCACCGCCGGGCACUCCGUCGCUAUCGUAGAUGCCCAUCCGGAGUUGGAGUUGUUCAUGGGAAUGGAUAUGGAUGCUUCAAUCCAUGACCAAGCUCGGGCUCGGAUAGAGAAGCUCUUGGCCGUGGAUUCACACGAAAGCAAGUUGAAAGCUUACACUCAUGUCAGAAACUUCAAGUACAUCAAGUCGGUGCUUGGCGGCGUUGAUGAGAACCUGCUUGACGUUGGGGUGAACGACAUCUUGAUGGACCUUGGAAUCUCAUCCAUGCAGGUGGAUGACUCUACAAGAGGAUUUAGUGUGCAAGGUGAUGGACCUUUGGAUAUGCGCAUGAAUCCUCAGGAUAUAAGGCAGUGUGAGUUUUGCACCCCUGCAGUAAAGUAG